AUGCCGAAGCCCGUUACCGAGGAGGACAUACUUUAUAUCUGUGACGGCGAACUCCCUAGACAUCAGAAACGCAACAUUCAGGUACCAAUUAGGGAUGUCGAAAAUGAGAUUUCCAACAUCCUCUCGACCGUUUGGAUUAACGUAAACUCCCUUACGCCAAUCUUUGACUCCCCCAAAUUUAGUCAAUUUGAAUUUCAACAUCUGAAGCUUGCUUCCACUUAUUGUUUUCAGCACGAGAGCGAUAUAAAGGUCCUCCAAGCCAAACGCCGAAAGAUCAUGGCCAACUUUGGGGCGGCAGACUUCGACAGCCUUUUUGAAGACACGGAAUAA